CUGUUUAGUUUACUCCAUUCCAUUCCAUUCAACACUCAACCUAGUCGUCUACUACAGGUAACGACGGUGUCUAUGGUAAUCGAGUGACACGAAUUCUGAAGUCUUUGCAGUAAGUUGUAUUCCACAAAAUUAACAAGACGAAAUGAAGAUAACCUUUGCCAUAGCCUUGCUGGCAGCAGCGGUUUUCAAGGAAUCGCAACAACAAUCCUGUUUUCAGCCCUUCGAAGGACACCAGCCCAGUCGAAGCGGACACGCCGACUUGUAUUCGGGACAACAGGAAUUUUCCCUUAAUUUGCUGAACGCCAUUAACAAAGUGUUGCCAAAUGAAAAUUUGUUCUUCUCGCCCUAUUCCACCUAUCAUGCCUUGCUUAUGGCGUACUUCUUGUCGGGAAAGCAGACGGAGCAGUACUUGAAAAAAGUCCUAAGACUGAAUCCAACACAGGAAAAAUCCGACAUUUACGCCGCUUACAAAACCGACAAACUUCUGACGCAAAUUCUCUCCAGGGAUCUUCCGUACGAAUUCAACAGCGCGAAUAAAUUCUACGUGGAACAGAAGGUGCCUGUGAAAGAGUGCAUAUUCUAUGAUUUCCCCCAAGAACUGGAACGAAAGGAUUUCGCUACCAGUCCGGAAGCAGCAAGAGUUUCUAUUAACAAUUGGGUGGAAAACAUAACGCACCACAUGAUUAAAGAUCUCCUACCUCCGGGAACCAUUGACGCUCAGACCGAUCUGGUGCUGGUUAAUGCAGCCUAUUUCAAAGGAUUGUGGGAGAAUAAAUUCCCCCCGGAAGCUACUAAACCAGACGUGUUCUACGUCAGUCCCACUAAGCAAAUUACAGUGCAAAUGAUGCACGUUGAGGGCACUUUUAAACACGAUGUUUCCGAAACUCUUAGAGCCCACAUCUUGGAGAUGCCCUACCAAGGAGGCAACAUAAGCAUGUACAUCAUCUUACCGCCGUGGUCUAACACCGAGAAUUCCAUUGAAGCUACCUUGAAAAAAUUGACCCUCGAAAACUUCAAAUCCAUUGUCGACAACGAACAUUUAAUACCCAAAACGGUGCAAGUGGCUUUCCCCAAAUUUUCUUUAGAAACCACAUUGGAAAUGACUCCGAUUCUAGAUUUCUUGGGUGUGGGCAACCUGUUUACGUCGAACGCGGACUUUAGCGAGCUCACGUCGAAAAAAGUCUCCCUGGGUGAAGGGGUACAUAAAGCAAGGAUCGAAAUCAACGAGCAAGGAUCUCAAGCUGCCGCGGCUACGUCCUUCUUUACGUUUAGAAUGAUGGGAGACGAAGACGAUAUCGUCAACGUUACGUGCAAUAAGCCAUUCAUUUAUUUCAUUUACAACCGCAAAGCGAAGACAGUUUUGUUUAGCGGCUUGUUGAAAUCACCCCCAUCCAAUCAAUAGAUGUAUAAUUAAAAUUAGAGGCGAAAUAUUUGUGAUAUAUUUUUAUGCGGAGCGUUUUGGUAGUUACAAAUGAUUUGCGGAUAGGAAAGAUGUUUAAAUGGAGGCUGGAAAUCACAUGCAUGCAAGGAAAGUUAAAGCAUUCUUGUUGAAGAGAUUCGCCAAUUUAAAAUAUUUGCUUCCAAGAAUAGGAGAAGUUUGAAAGUUGCAGAGAGGGUUUGAAAAGUUUGAAAAAAUCGCAAUUGGAAGUUCUUAUUCUUUCCACCAAGGUGCAAAUUAAUUGUUGCUAAAGUAUGCCUGAUCCUUUAUUUUCUUCUUUCCUACCCUUUGUUAUCGUCAUUUUUAUGUUUCAUUUUGCUCGUUAAUGUACCGAUGUUAUAAAAUGUACAUUGAGUACGUUUGAUUGUUAAGAAUUUACGAUUUGUUUAAAAAAAUAACAGAAUAGGUUACAAGAAAUCAAAAUGCUCUGUAUGAAAUAAUAAAUAGUUACGAAUUUCCUAAUCAAAUAGUACCUAGGUAUAUUUUUAAAAAUAACUUUAAUUUUAAUCAAGCCACAAUGGCUGUAGUAGGAUCUUGAAUCUCUUUUAUUUAAAUGAUUUAAAUUCUAAUCGUUUAUUUAGAUACAUCAUUAAAUAUUCACAUCUAAUUUUUCAUUCAUACAGCACUUAACAGUAGUACAAGAACUGCUCAUUUGAAACAACGGUUUAGCAGAUUCAUCAGAUUAAAAAAUAGCAUCUGUUUAGUUCAUUAAAAAGUCCUUUCUGUUAAAACUCUAUUCAUAUAAUUUACGAUUCGACAAGGGUGCAGUUAGCAAAAUAAUAUAAUUAAAUUUAAAAUGCCUCGUUAGAGGAUUUAUAAUUAGGUCUGCAUCACAAUUACGGGUAACGUUAAGUACCUACAUACAGUAGACCAAAAAAGUAUUCGUACAGUUGCAUUAUGUUCUGGAAGUCCGCGUUCAGUAAACAGAAACAAGAAGUAACUAGCAAAUUAAAAUCUACAUUUCAAGACUAUUCUUGCAAUCAUUAAUUAACAUUGUUAUUAAAAAUGUAAAAUAAAAAAAAACGAAAAAUGUUUGCUUUAUCCCCAAAAUAAGUAUUCGUACAGCAACGUUUUAUCAAUUUCUUCACUCUGUAGAUAUUAAAUUGUUUAUUGUUUUCGC